AUGUCAACUCCGACUUCGGCAGCUAAGAUGUUUCCAAAUGAUAUAUACAUAGGAGGCAUCAUCAAGGCUGCUGAUUCUUUCAGGCAGGUAAGGUUGCUAGACACAAGAUCUUCGGUCCAGUGGGUUGUCGCCAAAGUGCAAGAUAGAAUUAUGUCAACCACUUUGAGAAAAUAUAUUGUGACGAGUUCGAAAACAAUCAGGCGCACCUUCGAAUACUACGACAAAGAUGAAACAAUUGUGGCUCAUAUAGCUGGAGGUAUUGAUGCAUUUUCUAAGGUCUCUGAUGGUUGGCCAAUGCUGAAUACCCCAUUGAAGCUUGCAUCUCUCAAGAACUCAGACAAUCAGUCAGAGGGAAUUUCUCUGAGCCUUAUAUGCAAAGUUGAGGAACUAGCGAAUUCUUUGGAUUUACAGACUCGGCAAAACCUAUCAGGCUUCAUGGAUGCUAUUGAGAAAAUACUUGUGCAACAAACCCGUGAAGAACUCCAGUCCAAUGAAUCCUCCAAAAGUGAGAUUAACAUGGAUGCUUUGUUUUGGGAGUUGUGUGAUUCUUAUUUCAGGAUGUGGAGAAGUCAACAGAGAAUCCACCAUCUAGCCAGCUCAGUGGAAAUAUGGGGUGCGAAUGAUGAUGACAAGAUUAAGGUGUCUCUCAACAAAAGUUUCCAUCAAAAGUUGCUUGGCCUGAUUAAUUAG